AUGGCUUCCCAAACCAUACCGGAAGUAGUGAUCGGAUAUCCAGUGCCACCGUCCUCAGCCACUCUUUCGUCUAUUUGUGGAUGGUGGUCACGACCAAUAGCGACUUACCCAGCACCAAAUGAUCGUAAAGCCACUUGGAAGGAAGCUACGGCUUUAGUUACACCCUUUUUCGGAAUACUGUUCACCUUCAUUGCCGUACUAGUAUAUAUUCACUGCUUCAUCGAAAAUGCUCACUGCCACACCAAAUUCUCAAUCCAAUCCAUCGCCUUCUCUCCCUCCUCCGCCACUUGGCACGUUACUUUUCUCGUCCACAACCCUAACCCCAGGUAUUCUAUUUACUAUGGAGGCGAUGAAACUGGGGUGAGGCUAGGUUCCUCAAACGCAGCCGUUUUAAGUACUUAUCACGAACGUAAGUCGCCAAGUCACACGGCUUUCUCAGUGGAUUUCGUUGCUGAGGAUAAUCCAAACGACGCGGUCGUUUCGAAAGAGCUAAAUAUCAAACUAAGUGCGGCAUAUAAGGUUCACAUUAUUCACUUUUUCAAUCACGCUGGUUAUGUUGACAUAAAGUGUCGUAAUCUAGCCCUAAGCUAUGAUAACGUUGAGGAGAUUCAGUGCCACUCUUCUUUCACGAAACAGAAGAUUUUGGUUGCCAAUUCCGUCUCCGUCUCAAACGCAAACGCAAACGCAAACGUUUCUGGUGCUGAUUGGAUGAUCAGUUUCGUUGCGAAGAGUCCAGUCACCGACUGUAAGAUCUCUCUACAUUCGCUUAAGUCUCGUCUACUCCGUGGCAACCAAGUUAUCUCCAGUUCAUCACCUGCGGAUAUUUUCGGAAAAUAUGUGGCUGCGGACAAAACAAAUGUAGUUUUCGGGAAGGUGAUAAUGUCGGAAGUUAUUGGUGACGUGAUAUGGAAUUUUAGGGUUGAGUUUGUGUCCGGAGUGAAGACAGAUGCUAUAUAUGGAAACGGUUUUCUUAUGGCGACUUGCCCUGAUAUUCCGGUGAAAUUCACGACGGACUCGACGGGGAAGGUGAUGGGAUCGUUGCUUGGAAAUAUGAGACGGUGCGAGUAUAAAUUCCGGCGUCACUUGGAUUAUUCAAGUUAUAUUAGUGGUUAA